GUGAAUCGUGUUUCAUCAUUUUGCUUUCCCGUUUGUUCAGCCCACAGAGUACUUUUUAUAUUCAGCCGUCUCGUGUCGGAAUGACAGCUCGAGUGACAACCUAGAAGACAAUUUUUCGAAUUUCUGUGCCUUUGUGCGGGUCAAUUUUGUUCUUGUUUUUCUCUGUGUUUGUGUAGAAUAUACUAAAUAAAAUCUUACGCUGUUAUUCUGGUUAUAUUCUUGGUGCUGUGCGUGUAUAUAGGAUUUAUAUUAAGUCAGCUGUUCAACAGCUGAUUCCACUACGAAUUUCCAAUUUUGGUAUCCAAUAUUGCUGAAAUAAAAAUCUACUUACGUUCGUACUUAAAAUAAGUACUUAAUAAUUCCAAAUGUUAUAGUUGUCACUAUUUUAAGUGCCAAAUAUACGUAAAUUUUAAGUAAAAUGGAUCCUGGCUACUUCGACGUCGAAAGGAAACAGAAUCCCAAAGAAACUGCCAGUUGUUUAUCGAAGUUUUGUUAUUGGUACACAAGGCCAGUAUUCGCAAAGGGCAGGAAAGGUCAACUCAGCAUAUCCGAUGUAUAUAGGUGUACACCGGGACAUAGGGCUGCCCCUCGGGGUGAUGAAAUGGGGGUGCAAUGGAAGAAACAAUUGGAGAAAAGAGAAAAAGGCAAAAACCCAUCACUGCUCCGAGCUAUAAUCUGCGUGUAUGGGCUCCAAUUCAUCAUAGGAAAUAUUAUAUACGCUAUCGUAGAUGCUGCUAUAAGGCUAUCAAUACCGAUGUGCUUAGAAGGUCUGAUCAACUACUUUUCACCAGCUCACGCGGGCGUCACGGCUGAAGCUGCUUACUUAUACGCUAUUGGCGUUGUCAGUUUCAUGGCAUUAAGCGCUAGUUUCGUGCACCCCAUGCUGCUAUGGUUACUGCAUAUGGCCAUGAAAGUCAGAGUUUCAUGCGGGUCCUUAAUAUACAGAAAGCUACUCCGCCUAGAUUUAACCAAAGGCGGGAAAGCGUCGGAAGGUCUAGCCGGCCAUGUUGUCAACUUACUAACAACAGAUGCACAGAGAUUCGAUAUGGCUAGCCUGUUCAUGAUGGAUUUAGUCAGAACGCCCAUAGAGAGCGCUCUGAUCGUCUACCUAAUGUACCGACAGAUUGGUGUAGCUACCCUCAUAGGAGUGGCCUUUUUACUCAUGUUUAUUCCUUUACAAGGCUACCUCGGCAAAAUAACAAGCAAGCUUCGUCGACAGACGGCCGUACGGACAGACAACCGCAUCAGACUUAUGAAUGAAGUUAUACAGAGUAUAGAAGCUAUCAAGAUGUACGCGUGGGAGAAUGCUUUUGCUAAAAUUAUUGGGAAGGCGAGAAAAAAAGAAAUGAGCGUCAUAAAAAAAAUGUCUUGGCUGCGAGCUGUCAUGAUAUCCUGCGUAAAACUGAACACAAAAGUCGCCAUUUUGCUCAGUAUAAUGUCAUAUAUUUCGUUCGGAAACGAUUUAACCGCCGCAAAAGUUUUCGUAGUUUUUUCCUACUAUGAAAUUUUGAAAUAUACGCUAGUAGAUUUCCUGCCACUGUCGAUAACUUUUACGUUAGAAGCUUAUGUGAGCGUGAAAAGGAUACAAGAGUUUCUUUUGUUGCCUGAAGUCGAUAACCAGGAUGGCGUCGAUUUAAUGACUCUUGAAGAAAAAACUCCUAUUCAGGCUAAUGGCGUUUUUGAGAAGAUUGGUAAUGGCCAGCAAGCGUACAUAAAGUCAGAAAGCAACUUGGAACACCUAAAGCCGCAUGUUUUGAUAGCCAUGAAGGACUACACAGCUCACUGGAAGAACGUAGACGAUGAUACUAUUGACGGCAAGAUACCGGCCCUUGUGGAUAUUAAUUUAGCUAUAAAACCAGAAACUCUAACGACCGUAGUGGGUACCGUCGGGUCUGGGAAAUCUACUCUGCUACAAGCGAUGCUAAGAGAGCUCUCACCUACCAGUGGACAUUUGUCCGUCAACGGAAUACCGGCCUACGCUUCACAAGAACCUUGGCUUUUUGAGGCUUCCGUCCGUCAAAACAUUUUAUUUGGUCAAGACAUGGAUCUCCGCAGAUAUAAGCAAGUUAUCAAGUGUUGCCAGCUUAAAACUGAUCUCGAAAUAUUGCCGCAUGGAGACAAAACUGUAGUCGGAGAACGAGGUGCAUCAUUAUCUGGGGGUCAGCGAGCGAGAAUAUCAUUGGCUCGCUGUGUGUACCAAAACGCUGAUGUCUACCUUCUCGACGAUCCACUAGCUGCUGUCGAUGCCAAGGUAGCCCACGCGAUAUACGAGGACUGCAUCCGCACGUUCCUGCGCGACAAGGCGACCGUGCUGGUGACGCACCACGUGCAGUACGCCAAGCAUGCGCACUGUGUCUGUGUCAUGCGCUCAGGACGGAUCGUAGCACAAGGCACUUACCACGAAUUGAAGAAUGGCGUGGCAGAAUUCGAAAAACUCAUAGAAAUGGGAGAAAAAGUUGAGGAGGAAAAGCAAAAGAAAGCAUCUACUUAUGAGAAUACUGAGAGCAUUGAACACAGUUACAAACUAAGAUCGCAGCGUUCAAUGUCUGAGGCGUCACAACUCUCCUUCAAUCUGGAUCUAGACAAUAAUUUAGACCCUAAAUAUGAAGGAGAAUCCCAAAAGAAAGGCUCAGUAGACAACAGUGUCUAUGUCUCAUACAUCCGCAGCGGAGGCAGCACGUUGUCUAUGGCGCUGCUGAUACUACUGUUUCUACUGGCACAGUGCUUCUACUCGUCUACUGAUGUCUGGCUAAAGGAGUGGGUUAAUCUAGAAGAAGCCAACAGCGCGUUGGUAAUAGCCAACAGAAAUGCUAAUGAAUCCGGAGCCGCACCACCUCCACCUAUAGUCUUCGAGGACAUUCCAAGCAAUCGUUUCGGGCUAACUCGAGAACAGUGCCUAUACAUUUACGGCGGUCUCAUCGGAAUCUGCAUAGUGUUUACGUGGAACAAACUCGUCAUAUUCUACAAUACUUGUAUUAAAGCUUCUGUUACGCUGCAUGAUAAUAUGUUUAGGGGUGUAACCAGUGCACCGAUGUGGUUCUUCCACCACAAUCCAUCAGGUCGCAUACUGAACAGGUUCUCCAAGGAUAUGGGACAAGUUGACACACUGCUACCAGUUGCUUUGGUCGACUGUCUUGGGUUUUUCCUAGAAGUAAUAGCGAUCCUGGUGGUGGUAUGCCUGGUGAACUGGUGGCUGCUGCUGCCGACCGCCGUGGUGGCUGUGCUGCUGUUCCUCAUGCGGGACCUGUUCCUCAACACCAGCCGGGAGCUCAAGAGGAUUGAGGCUAUAGCUCGAAGCCAGUCCCUCAACCACCUCUCAGCGACCGUCUCCGGGCUGACCACCAUCAGAUCAGCUCGGCAGCACCAGCGGACCUUAGCCAGGGAGUUCGACAAGCAGCAGGAUCUUCACUCCUCGGCGUGGACGCUGGUGCUCAGCACCAAUAGGGCGUUCGGCUUCUGGAUGGACAUGCUCUGCUGUGUCUACUUGGCUUUCGUCACAUUUAGCUUCUUUCUGUUUGCUGGAGAAGACACACUGGGAGGUAACGUGGGUUUAGCCAUAACGCAAGUGAUAGGUCUAGUCGGCAUGUGCCAGUACGGCAUGCGGCAGACCGCAGAGGUCGAGAAUCAGAUGACGUCGGUGGAAAGGAUAUUAGAAUACACAAACCUCCCCGCGGAGAAACCGGUAGAAGUGGAUAAAGAGGCUCUGAGGAAAGAGCAUCCUAAUCUCGACUUUGAGAAAUGGCCUACUCAAGGCGAGAUAGUAUUCGAGGACGUAUCCCUGGAAUACGAGAAGCCGCCCGGCGUGACCGGCGAGCCGGCCUACGCCAUCAAGGGCGUCAACUUCACCGUCAGGCCGGCUGAGAAGGUGGCUGUCGUCGGACGUACGGGGGCCGGGAAGAGUUCGCUGCUUAGCGCGCUGUUUAGAUUAGCCCGCGUGUCAGGCUCCGUGAAAGUAGACGGCGUGUCUGCGCAGACGGUAGGGCUCCGCGCGUGGCGCUCGCGGCUGUGCGCGUUGCCGCAGCGUCCUGCGUUAUUCGCCGCAGCGCUGCGCGAUAAUCUCGACCCGGAGGGGCUGUAUUCCGAUGCUGAUAUACAUAGGGCUUUGGAUCAGGUGGAACUCCAAGAGAUGGUGAGCAACAUGCCAGCAGGCCUCAACACCAAAGUAGGAGACGGCGGAGGCAACCUCUCCGCGGGACAGAGGCAGCUCAUAUGUCUGGCGAGAGCCGCGCUCGCUGGCUGUAAAGUGCUCAUACUGGAUGAGGCGACCGCUAAUGUUGAUACUGACACGGACAAGCACAUACAGCGCACUAUCCGCACGAAGUUCGCGCGCUCCACCGUGCUCACCAUCGCGCACAGGCUCAACACCGUCAUGGACUACGACAGGGUUAUCGUCAUGGACAAGGGUCGUGUAGCAGAAUCAGGACAUCCAUACGAGUUACUGACUCAAGCCAACGGACAGAGGAAAGACGACAACGCUCCUAGAAACAGAUUGCUGUCAAAAACACAGGCACCACUAGCCAUACCUGAGAACUUCACUUACGAGCCGAGUCCCACACAGAGCGAUCAGAACAACGAAACUCUAGUGCUGCCCAGAGAUAGAAUACGGACUUAUUCUGGACGUUCUGAAUUAUCCGAGCCGGAGAGUGGAGGCAUUUUCAAGGCUUUGGUGGAACAAACUGGACAAGAAACUGCGGCUUUGCUCUACCAAAUGGCUGCAGAGAGUUACAAUAAAAUGUUGGAGUCGAAGAAAACCACGUGAAACGCAUAGUAUAGUGACUUAAUACAU